GGAAGAGAAAACCUAAUGGUAGUUAAAGAGUUGAAGUAUCGAAGUAUCACAAGUAUUUUUCAUAAGAUGUCUGCUUGAUGAUGAAAUCGCGUAGCACUGUGCCCAGCGACUUUUAUGACGUAGACCGCAUCCACGUCAGCAACGUCCUUCCGCCUCGGAUCGGGAGAGUAAUGACGCCGUGUGUUGGCGACGUGGCUGACGUCACGCCAAAGAGUCUGGAGUACGUGAAUGACAGAAUUGACCCGAGAGCCGAAGAUGACGACGACUCUCCCAGCUCGACGACAACAGCAGACGAGCGUCGGACUGGGGUGUCUACCGCUCAGCAGAAGAUAUAUUUGAAAAGAGAAACCGCCUUGCAGUCGAACUGUCAUCCAGAGUCACUCAGUAUCUCGCAGCGCAAACUAGCAACCAAAGAGUCACCCAGUACCUCGAAGUACAAACUAGCGCCGAAAGAGUCACUCAGUACCUCGCAGUGCAAACUAGCGCUGAAAGAGUCACUCAGUACCUCGCAGUGUAAACUAGCGCUGAAAGAGUCACUAAGUAUCUCACAGUGCAAACUAGCGCUGAAAGAGUCACCCAAUACCUCAAAGUACAAACUAGCGCCGAAAGAGUCACCCAGUACUUCACAGUGCAAACUAGCGCUGAAAAAGGCACUCAGAAUCUCGAAGUACAAACUAGCGCCGAAAGAGUCACUCAGUACCUCGCAGUGCAAACUAGCACCGAAAGAGUCACUCAGUACCUCGCAGUGCAAACUAGCACCGAAAGAGUCACUCAGUACCUCGCAGUGCAAACUAGCGCCGAAUGAGUCACUCCGUAUCUCGCAGUGCAAACUAGCGCUGAAAGAGUCACUCAGUAUCUCGCAGUGCAAACUAGCACCGAAAGAGUCACUCCGUAUCUCGCAGUGCAAACUAGCGCUGAAAGAGUCACUCAGUACCUCGCAGUGCAAACUAGCGCUGAAAGAGUCACUCAGUACCUCGCAGUGCAAACUAGCGCUGAAAGAGUCACUCAGUACCUCGCAGUGCAAACUAGCACCGAAAGAGUCACUCAGUACCUCGCAGUGCAAACUAGCGCCGAAUGAGUCACUCCGUAUCUCGCAGUGCAAACUAGCGCCGAAAGAGUCACUCAGUACCUCGAAGUACAAACUAGCGCUGAAAGAGUCGCUCAGUACCUCGAUGUACAAAGUAGUGCCAAAAGAGUCGCUCAGUACCUCGCAGUGCAAACUAGCGCUGAAAGAGUCACUCAGUAUCUCACAGUGCGAACUAGUGCUGUUAGAGUCAUCCAGUACCUCACAGUACAAACUAGUGCUGAAAGAAUCACCCAGUAUCUCACAGUGCAAACUAGCGCCGAAAGAGUCACUCAGUACCUCGCAGUGCAAACUAGCGUUGAAAGAGUCACUCGGUAUCUCACAGUGUGAACUAGUGCUGGAAGAGUCAAUCAGUACCUCACAGUGCAAACUAGCGCUGAAAGAGUCACCCUGUACCUCACAGUACAAACUCGCACCGAAUCAGUCAGUCAGUAUCUCACCGUGCAAACUAGCGACGAAAGAGUCACUCAGUACCUCGCAGUGCAAACUAGCGCUAGAAGAAUCACUCAGUAUCUCACAAUGCAAACUAGCACUGAAAGAGUCACCCAGAGUCUCACAGUUCAAACUAUCGCCGAAAGAGUCAAUCGUUACAUCACAGUGCAAAGUAGCGCCGAAAGAUUCACCCAGUACCCCGUACAAACUAGCGCCGAAAAAGUCACUCUGUAGCUCACAGUACAAACUAACGCCCAAAGAGUCACUCAGUACCUCGCAGUGUAAACUACCCCUGAAAAAGUCACUCAAUACCUCGAAGUACAAACUAACGCCGAAAGAGUCACUCGGUACCUCGAAGUACAAACUAGCGCCGAAAGAGUCAUGCAGUACCUCACAGUACAAACUAGCGCCGAAAGAGUCAGUCAGGAUCUCACAGUGCAAACUAGCGCUAGAAGAGUCACUCAGUAUCUCACAAUGCAAACUAGCACUGAAAGAGUCACCCAGAACUUCACACUUCAAACUAUCGCCGAAAGAGUCAAUCGUUACAUCACAGUGCAAAGUAGCGCCGAAAGAGUCACACAGUACCCCAUACAAACUAACGCCGAAAGAGUCAUUCGGUACUUCACAGUACAAACUAGCGCCGAAAGAGUCACUCGGUAGCUCACAGUACAAAUUAACGCCGAAAGAGUCACUCAGUACCUCGCAGUGCAAACUACCCCUGAAAAAGUCACUCAGUACCUCGAAGUACAAACUAGCGCUGAAAGAGUCACUCGGUACCUCGCAGUGCAAACUAGCGCUGAAAGAGUCACUCACUACCUCGCAGUGCAAACUAGCGCUAAAAGAAUCACCCAGUACUUCACAGUGCAAACUAGCGCUGAAAGAGUCACACGGUACCCCACAGUACAAAGUAGCGCUAAAACAGUCGCUUAGUAUCUCACAGUGCGAACUAGCGCUGAAAGAGUCCCACAGUACCUCGCAGUGCGAAAUAACGCUGAAAGAGUUACUCGGUACUUCACAGUACAAACUAGUGCCGAAAGAGUCACUCAGUAUCUCACAGUGCAAACUAGCGCUGAAAGAGUCAUUCAGUACGCUGCAGUGCGAACUAGCGCUGAAAGAGUCACUGGGUACCCCACAGUACAAACUAGAGCUGAAAGCGUCACCCAGUGUCUCACAGUACAAACUAGCGCUGAAAGAGUCACCCAGUACCUCGCAGUGCGAACUACCGCUAAAAGAGUCACUCAGUACAUCGCAGUACAAAAUAGCGCCGAAAGAGUCACUCAGUACCUCACAGUACAAAAUAGCGCCGAAAGAGUCACUCGGUACAUCGCAGUACAGAAUAGCGCCGAAAGAGUCACUCGGUAUCUCACAAUGCAAACUAGACGAGGGCAGUUGCAGUUUUCAAAGUUAAACCAAUGUGCAAAAUAUAUGGCAAUUUACCACGGAAACACUAAACCAACCAAACGUAUUCACAUUUCUCUCAAAAAUCUCUUUCUAAAAAUAUGAUUGUUUUGGGGGUUGGGAGGGGAGGGGAGAGUGGUACGCUCCCCUAGCACCCUGUCCUCAAUUCACGUCUGCUGUAUCAGUGGGAGACACGUUACAAUAACAGUCUCUUUAAAAUUUAAUGUAAAACUACUGGUUUCUAUAGCGAUAUAUAGGCCUACUUUAAAAAAUCGCAUGUAAAUAUGUUACUUUGUUUUGUUUUUAAUUGCGAUACGUAUUUACGGUUUAAGAUUUUAAAAACAUGAAGGUGAAGUUUGAAAAGAGAAAGCGCCUUGCAGCUGAACUGUCAUCCAGAGUCACUCAGUACCUCGCAGUACAAACUAGUGCUGAAAGAGUCACCCAGUACCUCACAAUGCAAACUAGCGCUGAAAGAGUCACUCAGUAUCUCACAGUGCAAACUAGCGCUGAAAGAGUCACUCAGUACCUCGCAGUGAAAACUAGCGCUGAAAGAGUCGCUCAGUAUCUCACAGUGCAAACUAGCGCCGAAAGAGUCACCCAGUACCUCACAGUGAAAACUAGCGCUGAAAGAGUCGCUCAGUAUCUCACAGUGCAAAGUAGCGCUGAAAGUGUCACCCAGUACCUCACAGUGAAACUAGCGCUGAAGGUUUUACUUGGUACCUCACCGUGCAAACUAGCGCUGAUAAGUCACUCGGUAUCUCGCAGUACAAACUAGCGCUGAAAGAGUUACCCAGUACCUCACAGUGCAAACUAGCGCCGAAAGAGUCACCCAGUACCUCACAGUGCAAACUAGCGCCGAAAGAGUCACUCAGUGCCCCACAGUACAAACGAUCACUGAAAGAAUCACUCAGUAUCUCACAGUGCAAAAUAGCGAUGAAGGAGUCACCCAGUAUCUCACAGAGAAAACUAGCGCUGAAAGAGUCACCCAGUGUCUCAAAGUGCAAACUGCACUGAAAAAGUCACCCAGUACCUCGAAGUACAAACUAGCGCCGAAAAAGUCACUCGGUACCUCACAGUACAACUAGCGCCGAAGGUUUUACUCGGUACUUCACAGUACAAACUAGCGCCGAAAGAGUCACUCGGUAGCUCACAGUACAAAUUAACGCCGAAAGAGUCACUCAGUACCUCGCAGUGCAAACUACCCCUGAAAAAGUCACUCAGUACCUCGAAGUACAAACUAGCGCUGAAAGAGUCACUCGGUACCUCGCAGUGCAAACUAGCGCUGAAAGAGUCACUCACUACCUCGCAGUGCAAACUAGCGCUAAAAGAAUCACCCAGUACUUCACAGUGCAAACUAGCGCUGAAAGAGUCACACGGUACCCCACAGUACAAAGUAGCGCUAAAACAGUCGCUUAGUAUCUCACAGUGCGAACUAGCGCUGAAAGAGUCCCACAGUACCUCGCAGUGCGAAAUAACGCUGAAAGAGUUACUCGGUACUUCACAGUACAAACUAGUGCCGAAAGAGUCACUCAGUAUCUCACAGUGCAAACUAGCGCUGAAAGAGUCAUUCAGUACGCUGCAGUGCGAACUAGCGCUGAAAGAGUCACUGGGUACCCCACAGUACAAACUAGAGCUGAAAGCGUCACCCAGUGUCUCACAGUACAAACUAGCGCUGAAAGAGUCACCCAGUACCUCGCAGUGCGAACUACCGCUAAAAGAGUCACUCAGUACAUCGCAGUACAAAAUAGCGCCGAAAGAGUCACUCAGUACCUCACAGUACAAAAUAGCGCCGAAAGAGUCACUCGGUACAUCGCAGUACAGAAUAGCGCCGAAAGAGUCACUCGGUAUCUCACAAUGCAAACUAGACGAGGGCAGUUGCAGUUUUCAAAGUUAAACCAAUGUGCAAAAUAUAUGGCAAUUUACCACGGAAACACUAAACCAACCAAACGUAUUCACAUUUCUCUCAAAAAUCUCUUUCUAAAAAUAUGAUUGUUUUGGGGGUUGGGAGGGGAGGGGAGAGUGGUACGCUCCCCUAGCACCCUGUCCUCAAUUCACGUCUGCUGUAUCAGUGGGAGACACGUUACAAUAACAGUCUCUUUAAAAUUUAAUGUAAAACUACUGGUUUCUAUAGCGAUAUAUAGGCCUACUUUAAAAAAUCGCAUGUAAAUAUGUUACUUUGUUUUGUUUUUAAUUGCGAUACGUAUUUACGGUUUAAGAUUUUAAAAACAUGAAGGUGAAGUUUGAAAAGAGAAAGCGCCUUGCAGCUGAACUGUCAUCCAGAGUCACUCAGUACCUCGCAGUACAAACUAGUGCUGAAAGAGUCACCCAGUACCUCACAAUGCAAACUAGCGCUGAAAGAGUCACUCAGUAUCUCACAGUGCAAACUAGCGCUGAAAGAGUCACUCAGUACCUCGCAGUGAAAACUAGCGCUGAAAGAGUCGCUCAGUAUCUCACAGUGCAAACUAGCGCCGAAAGAGUCACCCAGUACCUCACAGUGAAAACUAGCGCUGAAAGAGUCGCUCAGUAUCUCACAGUGCAAAGUAGCGCUGAAAGUGUCACCCAGUACCUCACAGUGAAACUAGCGCUGAAGGUUUUACUUGGUACCUCACCGUGCAAACUAGCGCUGAUAAGUCACUCGGUAUCUCGCAGUACAAACUAGCGCUGAAAGAGUUACCCAGUACCUCACAGUGCAAACUAGCGCCGAAAGAGUCACCCAGUACCUCACAGUGCAAACUAGCGCCGAAAGAGUCACUCAGUGCCCCACAGUACAAACGAUCACUGAAAGAAUCACUCAGUAUCUCACAGUGCAAAAUAGCGAUGAAGGAGUCACCCAGUAUCUCACAGAGAAAACUAGCGCUGAAAGAGUCACCCAGUGUCUCAAAGUGCAAACUGCACUGAAAAAGUCACCCAGUACCUCGAAGUACAAACUAGCGCCGAAAAAGUCACUCGGUACCUCACAGUACAACUAGCGCCGAAGGUUUUACUCGGUACUUCCGAGUGCAAACUAGCGCCAAAACAGUCACUCAAUACCUCACCGUGCAAACUAGUGCUGAAAGAGUCAGCCAGUGUCUCACAGUACAAACUAGUGCUAAAAGAGUCACUAAGUACCUCAGAAUGGAAACUAGCGCUGAAGAGUCACCCAGUACCUCACAGUACAAACUAGCGCUGAAAGAGUCACUCAGUAUCUCACAGUGCAAACUAGCGACGAAGGAGUCACGUAGUAUCUCACAGUGCAAACUAGCGACGAAGGAGUCACCCAGUAUCUCACAGAGAAAACUAGCGCUGAAAGAGUCACCCAGUGUCUCACAGUGCAAACUAUCGCCGAAAGAGUCACUCGGUACCUCACAGUACAAAUUAGCGCCGAAAGUUUUACUCGGUACUUCACAGUGUAAACUAGCGCUGAAGAGUCACUCGGUAUCUUGCAGUGCAAACUAGCACUGCAAGAGUCACCCAGUACCUCACAGUACAAACUAGCGCUAAAAGAGUCACUCAGUAUCUCACAGUGCAAACUAGCGCCGAGAGAGUCACUCGGUACCACACAGUGCAAACUAGCGCCGAAAGAGUCGCUCAGUACCUCACAGUGCAAACUAGCGCUGAAAGAGUCACUCACUACCUCACAGUGCAAACUAGCGCUGAAAGAGUCACCCAGUAUCUCACAGUGCCAACUAGCUCCGAAAGAGUCACCCAGUAUCUCACAGUGCAAACUAGCGGAGGGCAGUUGCAGUUUUUAAAGUUAUACCAACGUGCCAAAUAUUUUGAAAACAUGAAGGUGAAGUUUGAUGAGUUGACGUUCACAAGUUGAAGACUCUACGGCUUGAAGAUUCAUAAACUGACCUUCCAGAAGUCGAGGUCAGAACUGGACACCAUGACCCUCCAACUCCAAGGUCAGUGAGGAGCUGGCGAAAGUGAAGGACGAGCUGAAGGUGAAGGACUCUGAGCUGGCCGAAACUCGCCGAUCUGUCCGAAAAAUUCCGGACCUUCACGAAUUUUCACGAUCUUAUUAAGAGAAGAGCUAUAUAAUUAGGACAAUAAUUGUUAACUAUUAAUCUGUAUAUUCAUGAAUUUUUGUCUGUGUAUGUCUAAUGUGUAUUUGUAUUAAAAACACAAAGGUGUAUUUUUUAUA